AUCAAAAAUGUAGAACCUGUGAACAAUAAAUUUGAACUACUUGAAAUCAAUGAAUUAGUAGGUGAUGAACCUAAUUACUUUUUCAAUACAUCUGUUAAUAAUGAACUUGAGAUCUUUUUUGACUUACCUGUAAAUAUUAAACUAGAAGAAUCAAAGAAUCAAGGUUAUGUCUUAUCCAGUAAUGAAAACUUUAUCACCCAGUUAGAAGCACCACCUUCCUUAUAUCAAACUAAGGAGUAA